CGGUGCGCAGACUUAAAUACGGACUGACAUCCCAGUGAUUUCCCCCCAUCCUUCUCUACCUCCCAGCUUCCCAAAAUACUCCUAAUCUACACACCAUGAAGUCCACGGCUCUUAUCUCCCUCCUGGCCGGCGCCCGCGUGGCCUACGCUGGCGUGCAAGGCUUCGACAUCUCGAACUACCAGUCCAAUGUCGACUUCGCGGGGGCCUACGCCGAUGGCGCGCGGUUCGUCAUGAUCAAGGCGACCGAAGGCACCACCUUCGUCGACAAGUCCUUCACAACGCACUACAACGGCGCGACCGCCGCCAACAUUAUCCGAGGCGGCUACCACUUUGCCCACCCCGACUCCAGCAGUGGUGCCGCGCAAGCCGAGUUCUUCCUCAAGAACGGCGGUGGCUGGUCCAACGACGGGAUCACGCUCCCGGGCAUGCUCGACAUCGAGUACGCCCCGUCGGGCGAUACGUGCUUCGGGCUCAGCGCAUCGGCUAUGGUCGACUGGAUCUCCGACUUCGUCGCCACUUAUAAGGCGAAGGCGGGUCGCGAGCCCAUGAUCUACACCACCACCGACUGGUGGACCACCUGCACGGGCAACAGCGACAAGUUCAGCGAGUGCCCGCUUGUGGUGGCGCGGUACGCCAGCGCCGUGGGCACCCUGCCCGCUGGAUGGGGGUUCCAGUCGUUCUGGCAGAACUCGAACGCGUAUGCGUAUGGUGGUGACUCCGAGGUGUGGAAUGGUGAUGAGGCCUUGUUGAAGAAGUUCGCCAAGGGUGGUUAGUCUGGUUAUGACUAGUAUAGUGAGGGGCAUUGUGUAUAGGGAAAGGCUUGCGAGGAGAUAAUGUAUCUAACUGCUUCUAUCGCUUGACUCGG